CAGUUUGUGCUGUGUUGCCCAUCGAGGAGGAAGAGCAUUUGUUCACACUCCGUGGUUGUUUGUGGUGUUACAAACAGAAGAGAUUAAUUCGGAUCACACAGAGGAGUGGUGAACAUGAGAGAAAAUUGGUCUCAAUCGUGGCAGAUGUUUCAAGUGCUUUUCGGCAGAUAUUUGAUGUGAUUGCCGGGCAUGUGUGCUCAACCACGCUCAUCUUUGGAUAAAAAAAAAACAUUUUUGCUUUUUACAACAAAUAAGUGAAAAAACACACAGUGAGAAAAUUUAAUAAUCUUGUGUUUACCCCCCUUAUGGUUUUAUAGUGUUGUUGAGGACUCACUAAGCUCUGCAAUUUGUGGGAAAAAAAUUAUGCAUAUAGGGGUGAUGGUGGAAUAAAAUAUGUUGCUACGGCGGGAAUACAUUAAUCCUCCUCAUUAAGAUCUCUCGGCAUUGGAUCAAACGUUGUAUUUAAUCCCACGGAGGAGUAUAACAAAUUUCCGCAAUUAGUGAUAUUGAUGGGAGAGAGAUUCCGGGUUUAAUGAAUCAUCUCAAGAGGUUUAAUUAAAAACCCCACACCCAUCCCCUCAUCGUUCAGCAUCCGAAGCAUCUUGGGCGAGAGAAGGACGAAAAGAUUCAUUGUGGUAUUAAAAUUAAAAUUAAAAAAAAGUUUAUAGAAGAUUGUGUGGAACAAUGUGAAAUGGAAUCGGGUAGUGUCUUGAGUGAACCCUCAUCAACGGCCUUUGGCACCAAUCGCACUAUUUACGGUGCCCCAGAGAGAACCACAUCAAUGACAAUCCUAUCGACUGCGGGAGCACCAGCAUCGACCACAUCAUCGCAGGGGAAACCAAGAAUGUCUCACCUGGAGACACUCGAGGCAAAGAUGGCCAGUAUCGAGGUGUCACUGAGCGGAAGCACUCCGAGACGUCGCAAAGGUACAUCACUUGGUGGUAGUUCAUCUGUGAGAUCAUCCCCACGACCUGAAUCUGCCCCAACAAAGGAGGUGCGUUCAGCUCUUCAAGAUCGCGAAGCAAUUAUUCAGAGUUUGAGGAUGCAAUUGGGUCUGGGAAAAUUGCCACGUCCCUGUGGGACGCCCCUGGAGGAGAGUGAACGUCCAGCAGCUGAGCAGAGACUCCACAGACUCAAGAUUGAUGCUGAGAACAAGAAGAUCGCCAUUAGAAAUCUCAAAGCAGCUUUGGAUAAACUCGAUAUUACAGAUAAUAUCGACGUUAGAAUUCGUCAAGCGGAACUGGAGUAUGCCCUCGGACGCGAGGAGCUUCAACUCCUGUCGCUUGUGGAGGAGAUCCAGGCACUUCAGUCACGCCUGGAAAAAUCAAAACCCGAAGCCAAUUCAAUUUACAAUAUCCUGCAGAGUGGCACAAAUUUGAGCUUGCACGCAGUUCAGGUGACCGUUGGUCGGUGGGCAGCCACAUCGAGGAAUGAUUGUCCGGGAAUGUGGAUUGAAUGGGCACUGGAGGGGGAGGGUCUCUAUCGGGGUGACCGAAUAAUCGAGGUGAAUGGGAAGAUCUUCAGUGGGCGCAGCCGCGAAGAGCUCCAAAGGCUAAUUGGCUCAUCCAGUCGUUGCCAGCUGGUGGUCAUUCGCCAGAGAGCUAUGCCAUUUGCGCAGCAGCAACUGAUUCAGAGUCAAGAGGAUAAUUUGCGUCUGCAGCAUCGUAUAUCCUACCUCGAGGAGCAGGUGAAGGAACUUCAGGAGACCAAGGAGUCUCGUUCAUCGCCAACAAAUAAUUCCCACGUGACAAGCAUAAGUAUCUCAUCGCCAACACCCAAAUUGGUGGAAAAGCCGGAAAUUUUUCAACGUGGAAAUUUCAUUACGACCAUUGUGGAUGGGAAACCCACCAAGAGUCCACCGGCUGUGGCUCAGCUGUCCAAAGCAUCGCACGUGACCAAGACAACUAUUGUGAAGGAUAUGAAUGGGCAUGCUAAUGGGGAGAGUGAGGGAGUUCGCAGGAAUUUAUCCACAUCAACGGUCUCCCUGACUAGCAAUGUGUCGUCGAAGCGGGAUCUCGAGGAAAUUCGACGGGAGCGCUAUGUACAGAGAUCCGGAAGACUCGCAUCUUGCCAUGGGCAUCAUCAGCAACAUAUUUCUCGUAGCGGUGAUCACCUGCAUGAGUACAAUAAGUCCGCCAGUUCGGAUCGGAAGUUGGAAAUUUUGGCGCGAAAGGUCAACGGACAUCCGAAUCAUUUGAAUCAUCAGAGAACUCAUGAUCUCAGGAGUGUAAAGAGCCUGGACUUUGAUUCAGACUGCGGAGGGCAGCCAAGGGAUGUGGACUACACAUCGGAACCCCUUGGAUCGAAACCCUUGCGUCCGUUGCCGCCAAAGAAACCCCUAAGAUUGUCCCUGCAGCGCGCACAGAGCCUCCAAACUGUCGAAGGGACUGAUCUUGAUAAGAAGCGAGCCAACAAGAGACCCCAUCGUGGUAUGACUCCCUUCAAUGGGGAUCAACCAAAUGCACUCCAUACGGCGUCUCUUGGGCGCAACAAGUACAUUUAAAGCUCUCUCAAUUGUAUAUCAAAUACUCCACCCCAAUUCACACCUCUAUAUAGCAAUAUGUAGUAAGACAACACAUUCAAUAUAUUUUGUGGUGAAGAA